UAUUCCCUCUCUCCCUCUCUUUCUCGAACAAUGACAAUCUCACCGUUACUAUUCAUUGGUUUGAUUUGCCUUGCAGGCGGUGGCUCUCUUCUACCGGCGGCGGAAGCGAUAUGGUUAACGGUUCCAAGUUCAGGCGAGAGAUGUGUCUACGAAGAGAUCCAUGCCAAUGUGGUCGUUGUCGUCGAUUACCUUUGCAUCGAUCAAAAUAACAUCGGACUUGGUCCCACAGUUGAUGUCCGGGUAAAUUCAGCUUACGGGAAAGAACUGUACAAGAAAACAAACGAGACGCACGGUCAGUUUGCGUUUACAACGAGCGAGUCCGGAACAUACCUAGCUUGUUUUUUGAUACACCACGAUCAGACACAUUAUACAGCCAGCAAUAGCACUGCUAUCGUCAAUAUUGACUGGAAGAUGGGA